AUGGAGGCGGAAGCGACGACACAGCCGAGGAUACCGGCCUCGCUGGAAUUGUUCCCCAACGAGAUCAUCCUGCACAUCCUAUAUUUCCUCCCUCCAGAGGACAACCUCCUCUGUUUCCAGCUGCUAUCGAAGCGCCUUAACGACCUCGCGAACAAGCCGUUCCUGUGGAGGCACCACUGCAGCAACGCCUUCAAGUAUUGGAACCCCGACCACGAGUUCCAGAGGAAGCUGGAGGGCCCGGUGUCCGACGUCGACUGGAAGCGGUUGUUCAUCUUGCGAAAGCAGAGGAACGCGCGCAUAGCGCAUCUCUUUGACGGAAUACUCGCGACGAAGCUCGGUCGGUUACGGAAGUUCGAACAGAUAUGCCAUCUUGGCUACGAUGCGAAGGAAUUCUUGCUAGACCAGUGCCACGUCGACGACUCCGUUGAGGAUGUUCUUGCUAGGAGGUAUCACGCAAAUUCAAUAUUGGAUAGCAUCCACCGGGAAGUAGCCAUUAAAGAAUGGAAGUCAUUCCCCCGAGAUAUAGAGAUCAAUAACGGACAUGACACCGUGCAGACGGCUGGCGGUCGCCGCUUGAAUACGACAGUUGAGCGGUGCCUUGCCGCCUUUGACAUGUUCAUCCUCCAUGACCAGCCGGGCGAUGUGGACGAAGCAAGUAGCCCCCCUCCCCUUCCUCCCCCUCUGUGCCCCACUAUCUCACAAAUGCUCGACAACCUCGCGGCUCGAUUUCGUCGUCUUCACCCGGAUUUUGACGACCUAUCAACAAGAGACAAGGCUCUGACCUUGAAUCUCUGGCUGCGAUCACAAAAGUUACUCGGCAUGGACUCUCCUGGCCGGAAUUACCGCAGGUUACGAAACUGCUUCAUCGGCCAAGCUCUCCGAUACUCGCCUCACCAAUCCCUUCCUCUAGUAUCGAGUGCCAUCUACUGCUCCGUAGCCGAUAGACUCGGAUUCGAUGCGCGGCCCUGCCUCUUCCCUAGCCACGUCCACACAUUAGUAUUCCCUCCCUCGGGCGUAUCUCUCGAUGGCGUGCCCCUCCAACCGGUAGAGGAUAGCGAUGAACCCCCUCCUCUCCCCGAGGGCAUGCAUCUAGAUCCCUACGGCACGGACGAGGAGGUUCCUAAGAGCUACCUUCUAGCCCUGCUUGCCAACUUCGGCUGGCAAGCCAAUGCCGACGUCUUCCUCUCCUCCGCGCAACCCCGAAACCUUAUCAUGCGCCUCGCCCACAACAUCCGAGCGGCUUUCACCCCCGACCUAUCCGGCCCCAACCAGCCCGAACCCUACGUCCCCGCAUCUGACACAUCCCGCCCCACCAGCGGCAGUAGCGUCAUCAACCGCGACGCCGCCCUGCUAGCCUUCAUCUGGGCCCGCCUGAUGCUCCUCCCGCCCAACGGUCUCGAAUGGGUCGAUUCGCUUCACCGCAUCUUCGACCGCCUCACGACCUCGUGGAUCGGCGACACCUGGCUUAUCGAGAAGUACAUCUGUCCCCUCUACGAUAUGGCGGGACCUCACGGUCAGGUCUGGGAUAACCCCCGGAAUCUGGUGCAGACGAAGAGGGACCAGGAUAUGGUUAAGCUGCGCGUUCGGAGACGGAGCGAAACGACAGCGAAUAUCAGGUACAAGGUUGGUCAGGUCUUUCGGCAUAGGAGGUUGAACUUUUUGGGCGUUAUUACGGGGUGGGCGGAUGAUGGUCCGCCUGUAGCGCCGGAGGAUAUCAUGGCGCCAAUUGUCGAUACGAGCGAGAGCGGGACCGUGUAUUAUACCUGCAUGCGCAUGGAUUCCCUCAACCAGGUGAAGGUUCUCCAGCACACUAUUCUCCCGGUCUACGAUAGGGCUCAGAUCCCCGACGAGCUGUUUGAACUUGCGGGGCUUUACUUUAAACGGUUUGAUAAGAAGACGUGCAGGUUUGUCUCGAAUAUUCGGGAAGAGUAUCCUGACGAUUAA